UUGACUUUAAAGGUUUGGUUUUUUUAAACCAACAAUCUUGGAAAAAACUCUAGAGAACCCCCAUUGAUCUAGCCAGAGAUGGAAUCCAUUCUUCUAGAGAAGAUAGGAUUAUUCUCCAACAAGAUCUCUAAAGACGAUCUGAAACCAGGAGACCACAUCUAUUCAUGGCGUAACGCUUAUAUCUAUUCUCAUCACGGAAUCUACAUAGGAGACGGAAAGGUCAUUCAUUUCACACGUGGAGGCGGUCUUGAAAUCGGAACGGGAACUUUUUUGGACAAGCUCAUCGUCAGCUCUAUUACCAAUCACGGAGGAGACAACCCUUGUCCUAACUGUGGAGGAAAGCAAUCCAACACGCAUGGAGUUAUCUCUUCUUGUCUCGAUUGCUUUCUCUCCGGAGGAGAUCUCCUUCGCUUCGAGUACAGUGUCUCUCCGGCUCUGUUCAUGUCCAAGCUCCGAGGCGGUACCUGCACGACGGCGGCUUCGGAUCCUUCGGAGGAAGUGAUCUCUCGUGCGGAGUUUCUUUUGCUGAGAAAUGGGUUUGGUGAGUACCAUGUGUUCGAGAAUAACUGUGAGGAUUUUGCGAUGUACUGUAAGACGGGUUUGGUGGUGGGGAGAAGCUAUGUGCUUGGGAGAAGCGGCCAGGCUAACUCGGUGAGUGCGGCUGCGUGUGUUGCGCGUAUGGUUAGUCCUUGGGCUAGUAAUGCUAUACGUCUCUGUUCGGAUGUUGGUAUGCGGAGUGAUGCUGUUAAAGUGCCUGUGGAGAGUCUCGUUGCUCGGUUUAAUCAGGCUGAUACAUUGGCAAAGGAGAGCUGAGUUUGGUUUGGUUCUGAUUGUGUGCAAUGUGUGUAUUUGAUUGUUGGUUAAUGCCAGAUUGAAUCUGCUUCUAAAUUCUUUGAAUUGUGUAACUCUAUUGUAAUGAUGUGUGAAUACAGUUUAAUUGAGAUCUUCAUUGUU